AUGAUGAUGAUGCGCCGUGUGAUGUGUGUGUUGGCCGUUGUGCUGUGCUGCGCCUGCGGGUAUACCAUGACGGCUGCUGCUUCUGGUUCUGCGGUUGUUCCUCGUGCUGACGAAUCAUCGACGGCGAUGGCGUUUGCUGGUCAUAUUGUGAAGUACCUUAUUCCUAGUCACAACAGUACGGAUUUUUUUGGUGACAAUAAGACGUCUGUUGAAUCAUCUCGAAAGAGUGUUCUUGAUGGUCAAGAGAGCACUGAAGUAACUAAUUUGAAGAGUGGAGAAGGUAUCUCAAAUGGUCCUAUGGUUGAUAAGGAACGUAAGUUGGAUGCUGAGGGAUCAGCCGCAGCAGAGGAAUUACACAAAAACUCUGUUGAGGACAAAAGGACGACGUUAACUCCUGACGUAGACCAACCUCACGUUGUGGAGUCUCCCAGUGUUUCAGAUCCUAUUGACCAACAAAAACAAGAAAAACAAGAGGUAUCACUUAAUACAGGUGACUCCUCUUCUCCUUCACCUAAAGGAACAACUGAUGCUGGGGAUAGUAGUGGACCAGGUACAACAACAGUGGCUGGAGCCCAAUCUGGUGAAAAAGCAGUAGUUGUCCCAGAGACAUUGAAUACUCCAGCACAACCUACAACUCCAACGAGUUCUUCUGCGAGUGCACCUGCUGAUGCCAAUCUUUCCCAAAGUGUACCUGCAGAGAGCAGCACAAUUUCAACAUCUUCCACUAACAACAGUACAGGUGACAGUACUUCUGGCGGGCCCACAGGUGUGAGUCCGACAGCAGACACAGAAGGAACCAAUUCAACUUCUACACCUAAGGCAGUCCCAGAGAUCAACAGCAUUGCCCCCACUGUACUGAAGAAGGGUAAUGUUGACAGCAGUAGUAUCAGUUCUGUGUGGAUGCGCACUGCAGCACCGCUGCUGAUUGUGGCUGUGUUGUUCACUGUUACCGUGUACUGA